AUGUUCUUUUCCAUAAUUAAUAAAAUUAUAGUUCUAGGAAUAUUGAUUUUAAUUGUUCCUACUUAUGGCAAUCAAAGUACGCAUUUGAAAGCCAGAAAUUCUCAAGUAAGUGCAAAAUUUACGCCGUUUAAGGAUUUUGUUGUUGAGGAUGAUGAUAUUGUUGCUUAUAUUUUGCAAGAAGAUUAUGAAAAAGAUGAAGAGAAAUGCAAAUCAAAGCUUGGGGAAUAUUGUGAAGAAUUGAAAGGGAUAGAUUCAGAAUUAAAUAAAGUUCAUACUAAAGUUAAAGAAAUUUGUAAUAAUAUAGAUAAAAAAUGCAGAGAAACAAAAGCAAAGGUUGAAAAAAGAGUAAAUGAAUUUUUUGAUUUAGUCACUAGUUAUGCGAGUCAAAGCAUCUCUUAUAAAGAAUGCGAUCAAUAUUAUCAAACAUGUAUGUUUUAUGAAACUACAAAAGAGGAAUUUGUUUUAAGUUUCUGCAGUCUCCUUAGAUAUUCCUGUUAUUUUUUCAGGGAUACAGAGAUGAGAAAUGAAGUCAUUCUUAGAGCUUUUCCUAUUAGUAAUAUUGAAUCUAAAGAUUUCGCGGAAAAAAAGCAGGAAAUUUGUCCAACAUUGAUUAAACAGAGUGAUGAUCUAGCUUUAUUAUGCCUUGAAGAUACUUCACUUGAAAAUUUCAAUAAAAGUAUUGAUGAGUUUUGCAAUUCUUUAAAAGAUUUCAUUGAUAAUGAUAAAAAAGAAGAAGUAUGUCAUGAAAAACUCGGAAUAUAUCCUCUUCUCAAAGAAAGAUGUGAAGAGAAAAACGAGAAAUUGAAGAAACUAUGCGAGGGAAAGAAUAUUACAUAUAGGCCUCCAGUUAAAGAUUUUAAUCCGAUUGAGCCGGAAAUGACAUUGUUAGAGAUGAUUGAUCUGGAAAAUCUUUAUAAAGAAGGAAGAAAUAGAGGACUAAUUCUUGGAGCUUUAGAAAAAACGUUGGAUGACAUGUUAGCCUUUUUCUCUCGGAAUACUGACCCUGAUGAGAUGGAAGAAAAAUGCAAUAACGUACUAAAUACUAGGUGUACUUAUCUUAAAACUAUAAGUUCUAAAUUUAUGGAAUUAUGUGAAAAUAGUAACAAAAAAGAAAAAUGUAAAGAUAUAUCAAAAACGACGGAUAGGUGUAUAAAGCUUAGAAUAAGACUUUAUAUAGAUGGAACUUCUACAAAAUUUGAAAAUAAAGAAUCGGAAUCAUUGUCUUAUGAUGAGCUUUCGACAUCAUUUACCGAGAAUGAAUGUUUAGAGGUUAUCUCGAAAUGUACGUAUAUUAAAAGAUCAUGCGAACCUAAAAUUCUUAUCGAAUGCCAAAAUCUACAAAAGGCAUGUCAUAAAAAGAAAGAAGAUCAACUAUUCAUUAAAUUAAUUGGAAGUGAGUUGUACAACCUUAAUAAAUUAGAAUCGAAUGAUGAAAAGUUUAACAAAUGCCAAAGAAUAGUAUUGGAAAAGUGCGCUACACUUAAAAAUAAUAAUGUUGAGAUUUUUAUGAGAUGCCUUCGGCCAAAGGAGAUAUGUCUUAGAUUUGAAGAAAUUAUUUCGUCUCAAUUGAAAGAUCUAGAACAAGUUUUGAAUACAGUACGGGAUUCUCCUAAUGAAAAGGACUGCAUUAAAUUGAAAGAGGAUUGUGAUGGUAUUUUGAAAGAUUUAGGUUUAAAUAAUGGGAAAUGCGUUACAUUGAAAGAGCGAUGUGAAUAUUUUAAAGUUACAAGAGAACUGAAAUAUGCGUUUUUGAAAGAAAAAAGUGAUGCAUUAGCGGAUAAUGAAAAAUGCAUGAAAGCCUUGAUGGAUAAAUGUGAUAAAUUACCUAAAGUGAUGGGGGGGGGGGGGGGGGAAGCUAAGAAUCAUUGUAAUAUUUUUAAAAAUAACGUGGAAAAACAUGAAAUUGUGAAUAAAACUAAAGAUUCAAAUGAAACAUUGGUUGAAGAAACCUGCGUGCUAUGGAAUCCAUAUUGUGAUCAACUUAUGGAGAAUUGUCCAGAGACAUUAAAAAAUGAUUCCAGUAGCGCUGAUGGGAAAGGAGUCUGUUUACAACUGAAAGAGAACUGCGAGCCAUUCUGGAAGAAAAAACGAUUGGAGGAUGGGCUGACUCAUGAGUUGAAAGGCAGUUUAAACAAGAAAGAUGAAUGUAAAGUAGCAUUAGGAGAGCGUUGCGCUGAGUUGAAAAAGAAUGAAAGAUUCGGAACUCUGCUUAAUAAAUGUGAAGAUAAAACUUUCGAAGAACUUUGCGAAAAAUUAGUUGAAAAACUAAAAAAAAGAUGUCCUACUUUAGAAACCGAUCUGAAGAAAGCGAAAGAUGAGUUGACAAAGAUGAAGACUGAAUACGAAAAGGCCAAACAGGUGGCAAAAGAAUCUAGGAAGAAAGCUAACUUAUUGCUAUCGAUACCUCGACAAACUGUAACGCCAAGUGCGCAGAAUAGCAGUGGUUCUGUACCAGCACAGCCACCACUAGCACCGCCAGCAGCACCAGAAGCACCAGCAGCAGGAUCAUCUUCUACAUCAAGUGGAACGCCAAACGCAGCAGAUGGAACGAAAGGGAAUACAAAACUUGGACUUGUUAAAAGAGCGUAUGUAGCUGGAGGAGUAUCAGAAGCAGAAGUAAAAGCAUUUGAUGACACGGCAAUAGCAAUGGAGUUGUAUUUGGAAUUGAAAGAGGAAUGCAAUGCUUUAGAACUAGAUUGCGGUUUUAAAGAGGAUUGUGAGGAAUCUAAACCAGCUUGUAAAGAAAUAGACACGUUAUGCAAAGGAAUAAAACCAUUAGAAGUUACGCCUUAUCAUACAGAGACGAUAAUAAAAGAAACCAUGACAGUUACGAUGACGGAAACAAAGACCAUUGACAAGGCUGAUGGGAAGACCGGUACGAAGACUAUUACGAUAGCCGAGUCAGUAGGUGGAGGAAAAGUUGCAGAACAGUGUACAUUAGUGCGGACGACAGAUAUAUGGGUGACGAGUACGUCAUUGCAUACGAGCACCGUGACAAGUACGCCUACUGUGACGUCUACAGUGACGUUGACGUCGAUGCGCAAGUGCAAGCCUACCAAAUGUACCACUGAUUCAACCAAAGAGACAGAAGAAGGAGGAAAAGAAGAAGAAGAAGUAAAACCGAAUGAUGGGAUGAAAAUAAGAGUUCCUGAUAUGAUUAAAAUAAUAUUGUUGGGAGUGAUUGUUAUGGGGAUGAUGUAA